AUGAGUCUAUUCACCCGACUUGCAUGGACAUUCUUCGUCCCACUGUCAGAAGCUUACUCGUCUCCCUUCGAUCCUCGAGAAGCUACCGUCUCCACCGUCCAUGAUGCUCUGUUUUCUGGCGCGACGACAUGUCGUGAUGUUGUCUCAUCCUUCAUUGCACGCAUCGAGGCGUACAAUCCCUUCAUAACCGCCAUUAUCACUUUGAAUCCAGAGGCACUGCAAAUUGCAGAUGUUCUCGAUGCCUCGCUCGCUUCAGGAAACACCACGGGCUCCCUGUUCUGUGUUCCAAUACUUCUCAAGGACAAUUUUGAUGCCCUUCCUAUGCCCACUACUGGUGGAAGCCUAGCUCUCAAAUCCUCUGUGCCACUUCAAGAUGGACCAACCGUCCUCGCGUUCCGUCGCGCAGGCGCAGUUAUUCUGGGUAAGACCAAUCUGCACGAACUCGCUCUCGAGGGUCUCGGGGUUUCUUCCCUCGGAGGACAAACCUUGAACCCCUACGACUUCUCCCGUACUGCUGGAGGGAGCUCUAGUGGCACAGGAGCAGCGAUAGCCGCCUCAUUCGCUGUCUUUGGCACUGGCACAGACACCGUCAAUUCCCUUCGCAGCCCUGCUAGUGCCAAUAGCCUUUAUAGCUUUCGCCCAACUCGUGGCCUGAUAUCUCGCGCCGGCGUCAUCCCUGUUUCCCACACACAAGAUACCGUUGGGGCGAUUGGUCGCGAUCUAUUUGAUAUAGCAACUGCUCUGACCGUCAUGUCAAGUGUUGGCUACGAUCCUGCUGACAAUGACACCGCCAAUAUCCCUCCAAACACGGUAGGAGUCGACUACACCUCAUUCCUCUCUUCAAACAACCCGUCCGAUCUCUCAGGCAUACGCCUCGGAGUACUCGAGGGCUUCUUCAACCGCACCUUAAGCAGCGAGACCGAUCCAGUCAACCAAGUCACAGAUUCAGCCAUCGAACAAUUGCGUCGACAGGGUGCUACUCUAAUCUCCAUAAGCGAUACAUCUAUUUACAAUGCAACUACAAUUUUGCAGCUCGACGUACAGCAAUUCGAAAUUCGCGAGCUGCUCACCGACUACCUUUCCUCUGAAGCAUUAUCUGGCCCACAUCCUACCUCGAUGGCUGACAUCUUUAUCAACAAUACCAGCCCGCCCAAUUUCCUUGUCAUCCCUUCGCAGUACAAUAAAAUUCGCAGUGCCCUAACCUCUUCUACAGAUGACGCACUUUAUCUGGAAACCCAAGCUCGGAUUGCCGACCUGAGCAGGACAUUGCACGAGACAAUCACUUCGAACCAGCUCGAUGCCAUCAUCUACCCCGAACAGCAGAAUCUCGUUGUCAAGGUCGGCUCUCCAAGCCAGUCUGGCCGAAAUGGCAUUCUUGCUGCACUGACUGGUUCACCCGUCAUCACCAUGCCAAUUGGCUUUUCACCGCCUGGACCAAGUGCACCAAUUGGUGUUCCCAUUGGGCUUGAAUUACUUGGUUUGCCAUGGAGCGAGGGCAAGUUGUUGCGCAUCGCCAAAGGGCUUGAUGACCGAUUACAUGCGCGGAGAAUGCCUGUCACGGCCGGGUUACAUGACAUGGCAGAAGUCACCACUGCAUACUCAGCAGUCCCGAGGAUUUCGCUCGUUGACAAUAUUCCUCCUGUGUAUCCUUUGGGUCGGUUCUAAUACGUCAGACCACUGUGUCUGAGUUCACUGUGCGCAGUCGUUGAUUUUGGGACGUUCAAGCACCAAGAAAUAGAAAACUCGAUAUGAUCAGUCAUGUAGUCGGUCUAUUUAGAUUAUAGCGAUCAGGUGAGACGUGGCUGAAAUGUCUAACUAGUCAUAGGAACCUAUCCAAGAAGCGCUGCUGCUUUAUGCAUCCUCAUCA